GAAAGCGGGGUCCAAGUCACCCAGGCCACACAGGCAAUGGAACAAGAAACUCCAGACAAGGCGGGUGCUGCAGAGCAGGACAUCAGAGGCCAGUCUCAGCCAGGGGAUGAUUCCAAUGAGGGAGGAGAACAGGCUGAGGCAGGAGGGAAGGAAGGGCUGAUGGAAGCAUACCAGCUGCAGGUAGCUGACGAAAUGGCCAAGGAGAUUAAGAAGAAAAUAAGAAAAAAGCUGAAGGAGCAGCUGACGUACUUCCCCCCAGACACUCUACUGCAUGACGACAAACUGGCCAGUGAGAAACGCAAGAAGAAGAAGAAGAAAGUGCCAGCGCCAUCAAAACCGGAAACAAGUGCAUCGGACGCCUGUGAGAGUGCACUUGAAGGUGAACAAAAGGAGUGUCCCCUUGAAGCUGCCACCUCAGGAUCUCGCCACGAUGAGGAAACAUGCUUAACGGGACAGAACGCAGACAGCAGUAAGCCAGAGAGCACAAAGUCCAAGCCCAAAAAGACAAAAAAGAAGACUAAAGCAGUUUCCAGCGGUAACGAGGACAUUAGUGGCGAUGGUGUUCAUGAGGUAACAAGCCGUGAUAGCCCCGUUUAUCCCAAGUGUUUGCUUGAUGAUGAUCUCGUCAUGGGCGUUUACAUUCACCGGACUGAUCGGCUUAAAUCAGACUUCAUGAUUUCUCACCCAAUGGUAAAAAUCCAUGUGGUUGAUGAGCACACCGGCCAGUACGUCAAGAAGGAUGACAGCGAGCGUGCAGUGUCAUCUUACUACGAAAAGGGCAACGUGGACUACAUUCUGCCGAUUAUGACGCAGCCAUACGACUUUAAAAAGCUAAAAUCAAGACUUCCGGAGUGGGAAGAGCAAAUUAUAUUUAAUGAAAAUUUUCCCUAUUUGCUUCGAGAGUUUGAUGAGUGUCCAAAAGUCAUCCUGUUCUUUGAGAUUCUUGACUUUCUAAGCAUGGAUGAAAUUAAGAAUAACUCUGAGGUUAAAAACCAAGAAUGUGGCUUUCGGAAAAUUGCCUGGGCAUUUCUUAAGCUCCUGGGGGCCAAUGGAAAUGCAAAUAUCAACGCAAAACUCCGUCUGCAGCUCUACUACCCACCUAAUAAGCCUCGAUCCCAGCUAAAUGUUGUUGAGGUUUUUGAAUGGUGGUCCAAGUGUCCAAGAAACCGUUACCCAUCAACAUUGUACGUAACCAUCCGAGGACUGAAAGUUCCAGACUGUAUAAAGCCAUCUUACCGCUCCAUGAUGGCUCUCCAGGAGGAACAAGGUACGCCAGUGUACUGUGAGCGCCACUGUGAGACAAGUUCAGUAGACACGGAGCCUGGACUGGAGGACUCAAAGGAUACAGUAAAGUGGAAGCGCCUGCCUGGCCAGGCUUGCCGUAUUCCCAACAAGCAUCUCUUCUCACUAAACGCUGGAGAACGAGGGUGCUUCUGUCUUGGUUUCUCCCAUAACGGAAGGGUGUUAGCAGCAGCCUGCGCCAGCCGAGAUGGAUAUCCGAUUAUACUUUAUGAAAUUCCUUCUGGACGUUUCAUGAGAGAAUUGUGUGGCCAUCUUAAUAUCAUUUAUGACCUCGACUGGUCAAAAGACGAUCGCUAUCUCGUUACUUCAUCAUCUGAUGGCACAGCCAGGGUUUGGAAGAAUGAAAUAAACAGUACCAGUACGUUCAGAGUCCUGCCUCAUCCUUCUUUCGUCUACACGGCUAAAUUCCACCCAGCUACACGGGAGCUGGUGGUCACGGGAUGCUAUGACUCAAUGAUAAGGGUGUGGAAGAUCGACUCGAGAGAAGACACUGCCAUCUUAGUCCGCCAGAUUGACGCCCACAAGAGUUUUGUCAACUCUAUCUGCUUUGAUGAGGAAGGUCACCAUAUGUAUUCAGGAGACUGCAUUGGGGUCAUUGUUGUUUGGAACACUUACGUGAAAGUGACUGAUCUGCAGCACUCCGUGCGCCACUGGACGAUGGAUAAGGAAAUUAAGGAAACUGAAUUCCGGGGCGUUCCAAUAAGUUACCUGGAGGUUCAUCCCAAUGGAAACCGGUUGCUAAUCCACACCAAGGACAGCACGCUGAGGAUCAUGGACCUGCGCAUACUUGCAGCCAGGAAAUUUGUUGGUGCGGCAAAUUAUCGGGAGAAGAUCCAUAGUACUUUGACACCGUGCGGGACUUUCCUCUUUUCUGGGAGUGAGGAUGGAAUAGUGUACGUUUGGAACCCAGAGACAGGAGAACAAGUGGCAAUGUAUUCUGACCUGCCUUUCAAGUCAACUAUUCGAGACAUUUCUUACCAUCCCUUUGAAAAUAUGGUUGCAUUUUGUGCAUUUGGGCAGAGUGAGCCAAUUCUUCUUUAUAUUUAUGAUUUCCAAGUAGCCCAGCAGGAGGCUGAGAUGCUCAACCGCUGUAAUGGCACACUCCCUCUGCCUGGAGUACAUCAGAGUCAGGAUGCUCUGUGCACCUGCCCCAAGCUGCCCCACCAGGGCUCUUUCCAGAUCGAUGAACUUGCCAACACUGAGAAUAAUUCAUCAAGGAAGAUUCAGCUUGUGAAACAAAGACUGGAAACUGUCACAGAGGUGAUACGAUCCUGUGCUGCAAAAGUCAACAAAAAUCUCUCGAUGACCUCACCACCACCAGGCCCUACAAAGAAGCCGAGGGUAAAGCAGUCCUUCGUGCUGACCACCGAGGAGAUCGUUCAUCAGUUUGGAUUCCCGCAGACUGCAUUUGUCAGCAUAGAGCGAGGUCCUUUCGUCCGUCAAGUCGAUGCACCACCAAUGGUAGUGGCUCUCUAUGACUACACAGCGAGCAGAUCAGAUGAACUAACCAUCCAUCGCGGAGACAUUAUCCGAGUGUUUUUCAAAGAUAAUGAAGACUGGUGGUACGGCAGCUUGGGAAAGGGACAGGAAGGUUUUUUUCCUGCUAAUCAUGUGGCUAGUGAAACCCUGUAUCGAGACUCACCUCCAGAGGUAAAGGAGCGAUCCCCGCCUUUAACUCCCAAGGAGAAAACUAAAACAGAGAAGCUCUCGGCUUCUCAAAAGCAAUCUCUCAAUAAGGACGGGUCCCCAGAUUCCCGACUGGGCUCACAGUCUGUAACGCACUCUGAGAAGGGCAAAGAGCAGAGCUGGGAGGACCGCGGACACACAGCAGGUGUGCAGCCGAAGAAGAGUGAGCCACCCAUGCGAAGAGUCACCCUGAUAGAGUAAAAAGUUGGAAACGAAUGAAGAAGCAACCAGAUGAAUAGAAAUGUAAAGCUAAGCCAAGUGGAUUUCUCUUCGGAUUUUGGAUGAAAAGAAGCAUCUGCUGUUUAUUGACCUUAGAAAAUUCUGAAGUGAGGUUGGCUGUAAAAAAAAAAUAAA